AUGGGUAAUAAAGGAGCUAAAAAAAGUGGAUCAACAGAAUUAACACCCAAACAAAUUGCUAUGCUUAAGGCAAAUACCAACUAUUCGGAAAGAGAAAUUCGAGAAUGGCAUGCGGGCUUUCUUCGUGAUUGUCCUAAUGGUCGACUUGAUAAAAAGAAAUUCAUCGAAGUUUAUAAGCAGUUUUAUCCUCAUGGCAAGGCAGAUAACUUCUGCAAACUUGCAUUUGAUACAUUCGAUUCUAAUGAUGAUGGAACAAUUGAUUUCGAUGAAUUUCUUUUAGCUAUUUCAGCUACAAGCCACGGUAAUCUCGAUGACCGACUUGCAGUUGCCUUCGAUAUGUACGAUAUAUCCGACGAUGGAUUCAUCGAUCAAAAGGAAUUGGCCAAGAUGAUUACAGCUAUGUACGAUCUUGUUGGUGAAACAAAUCGCAAAGGUGAGAAUGAUCCAAAAAAACGUUCUAUUGAUAUUAUCACAAGACUUGAUGUUGGUGGUGAUAAGAAAUUGAAUAAGCAAGAAUUUAUUGCUGGAUGUAAAAAUGAUCCAGUUAUUCGACGAUUGCUUGCACCCAACGCAUAA